AUGGCAGCUCCAUUUACAGCACCGACUUCAGAUAUCAACAAGCCGGAAGUUCCAGCAUGGAUUCCUCCGCAGCAAACGAAGAUGGAUCUUGAAUGGGCAGACCUCAGGACUAUCGAGUUAUCUCUGCUUGACUCUGAUGAUCCGGCUGUGGUCGCGGAUCUGGUCGCUAAGACUAAAACUGCUAUUAAAGAAGAUGGGUUUCUCUUCUUGACGAAUUAUGGGAUUUCACUAGAGCAGCUUCAUCGGCAAUUCUCACUUGCUCAAUAUUUGCAUGAAAAUAUCUCUCAGGAGGAUAAAGAGCGUUUACUCUGGGAUCCGUCGACUGGUGUGUUUGCGGGUUUCAAGCCGAGGUUUGGUUGGAAGCGCGAGAAGGGAAAUUAUGACGGGAUUGAACAGUUCAAUUUUUACUCGCCCGAGUUUGAAGACAGCAGUCGCGUUCCUAAGUGUAUCCUUCCAUUCAUGGAUGAGAUAACCUCAUUCUGUGAUUAUCUAGUCAAUUCUGUGAAUCGUCGACUGCUGCGUUUACUAUCGAUGGUUCUUGAGCUUCCUGACGACUAUCUGUGGGACACCGUGCAGUCGCAUGACGGAUUGGUCGGUGAUGGGUAUUUCAGGCAUGCAUUAUUCUAUCCUCUAGACGAGGAGAGUAGGGUUGCGAGGAAAGGCGUGCGGAUGUACGGACACACUGAUUACGGAACAACAACGUUUUUGUUCUCGGUUCCCGUUACAGCGCUCCAGAUCUGGAAGGAUGAUCAGUGGAGAUAUGUGAAGUACAAUCCGGGUGCGUUGGUUGUAAAUCUGGGAGACACACUUGAAGUCAUUUCUGGAGGUCAUUUUAAAGCUACAUUACACAAGGUUGCUGAGCCUCCAGAAGAUCAACGACACGAAAAGCGUCUUUCGCUGGUGCUCUUCAAUGGAUCUAAAGGGGAUAUGCGCUUAAAACCUUUGACAGAAUCACCCUUGAUACAGCGCGAGGGGUUUGUACUAAAGCAAGGAAUAUUCAUGCAGUUUAAAAAUCUCAUGGACUCCGGUCGGCCGGUGCCAACAAAUAAAGAAUGGCGAGAAGCUCAAAUCAAAACACGUCUACAGAUAGCUCCAGAAGAACGACUUGAAGGAGUCAAAGAAGUCAACGGCACGAAGUAUGGUCAGGAUAUAAUUCUAGGCGUACCCGUCUUGUUGCCUGUCUGA